AUGAAGAUUUUUAUUACAUUGGCUGUUGCUUGCUUGGUAGCCUCAGCAUGGGCUUCGCACCUUGAGUUAAGCGAAGAUCAAAAGGCGAAGGCUAAGCUCCACUUUGAAGAAUGUGUCAAAGAGGAAAAUAUCACAGAGGAAGAGGCGAAUAAAUUGCGCAACAAAGACUUCACUAAUCCCUCACAAAAGCUAAAAUGUUUUGGUACAUGUUUCUUUGAAAAGGUGGGAACCCUGAAGGAUAGUGUCAUACAGGAAGAUGUUGUCCUCAAAACUUUGGGUUCCAUAAUUGGAGAAGAAAAAACGAAAAAGGCUUUGGAUAAAUGUCGUGAUAUUAAGGGUGAAGAUCGUUGUGAUACUGGUUUCCAACUUUAUCAAUGUUUCGAAGCUGCCAAGGCUGAAAUGAUGGAAGUCAAAGAAUAG